AUGGCUUCAAAAGACCGGAAUGGCAAGCCUGCAUCUGCAGCAGUGAAUCUGAUCGCUGGUGGUGGUGCCGGAAUGAUGGAAGCCCUCGUGUGCCAUCCGUUAGAUACUGUAAAGGUCCGAAUGCAGCUUUCAAGGAAAGCGCGGGCCCCUGGCGUCAAGCCUCGUGGUUUUAUCGCUACCGGACAAGAGAUUGUGCGGAGAGAGACAGUUCUGGGAUUAUACAAAGGUCUCGGUGCAGUGUUGAGCGGCAUUAUCCCGAAGAUGGCCAUUCGAUUCACCUCGUAUGGCUGGUACAAGGAAAUGCUUGCGGAUAAGGAAACGGGAAAGCUGAGCAGUUCUCGUAACAUGCUGGCUGGUCUUGCUGCUGGUGUUACGGAGGCAGUCGCAGUCGUCACCCCCAUGGAAGUAAUCAAGAUCCGAUUACAAGCUCAAAGCCACAGUUUGGCUGAUCCCCUCGACACGCCUAAGUAUCGCAGUGCCCCUCACGCUUUGCUGGUAGUCUUAAAGGAAGAAGGAUUCGGCGCCCUUUACCGUGGAGUAUCGCUCACUGCGCUCCGCCAGGGUACCAACCAAGCCGCCAACUUUACCGCAUAUACUGAAUUGAAAAAGUUACUGCAAGAAUGGCAGCCGGAGUAUAAGGAGCUUCCCUCCUAUCAGACGAUGUUUAUCGGUCUCAUUUCUGGCGCCAUGGGCCCCUUCUCCAAUGCACCGAUCGAUACGAUCAAGACGCGAUUGCAAAAGACACCAAGCGAACCCGGACAGUCCGCAAUGUCGCGCAUUGUUUCGAUCUCCCGCGAUAUGUUCAAGCAAGAAGGUGCCAGGGCAUUUUACAAGGGUAUCACGCCCCGUGUCAUGAGAGUUGCACCCGGCCAGGCUGUCACAUUCACGGUGUACGAGUUCUUAAGAGAGAAGCUAGAAAAAUCCACCCUUCCCAUUGUUGGUGGGAAGUAUGAAGAGUGA